GUCGUACCACCAAAACAGUGUAAACUGUCACUUUCCCUUUUGGAGUAUUUUCCAUCUGUGCUGUUGACCACACUGAUUGUGUAUCCCUAACCAACCAUCACAAGAUCACAAGUGCAACACGAAAACCGCAAAAAUGGCAAAAACUGUCGAUUUAGAGUUGAAAAAGGCUUUUGCCGAACUUCAACUUAAAAUGACAGACACAGCCCAAAAGUUAAAGCUAGCUGAUCUUCAAAUUGAUGGGUUGAAAAAAUCAAAGAUCCAUUCAGAGUUAACCAUUCAGGAACUAAAGGGUUUGCCACCUAAUACCAACAUGUAUGAGAGUGUUGGUAGAAUGUUCAUCCUUCGAGAUGCACCAGAAAUAACUCAGGGCUUGCACAUUAAGUCUGAGAAAUAUGAUGAAAAAAUUAAGUCAUUAGAGAGUCACAAAGCUUACCUGGAAUCAAACUUAAAAGAAGCAGAAAAACCCAUACGAGAAAUGGUCAAGCAAAGGAAAGCCUAGGUGUUUUAUUAAA